GCCGCGACGUCGGUUGCGCUUGACGGCGGGGGCGUCGCGAAAGGCCCGUGAAGGACGGCGGCGGGCCCGUGAGGGGGGGCGGCGGUGUCGGCGGCGCGACAGCGGCCGUGUCGCGACAGGAGCGCAGCCAUGCCGUUCUUGGGCCUGCAGAAGCAGCUGGGCAUCGAUGUGGACAGCUUCCUGCUGCGGCAGAGCAUGCCGCAGCCGCACGGCCAGGCCGGGGCCUGCCACGCCUUCGAGCGCGAGUGGGUGGAGUGCGGGCACGGGCUGGGCCAGAUCCGCGCCCGGCGCGAGUGUCAGCUCGAGUACGAGGAUUUCAUGGAGUGCAUGAAGCGCACCAAGCUGACUCAACGGCUCCGGAUGAUCUUGGAGCAGCGGGACAAGAUGAUCAAGCAGGGGAAGUACACACCCCCCGAGCACCACAUGGGCAAGGAGGAGCCCAGGCCGUGAUUGCCGCUGGGAUUCCUCUUGGAAGAAAAGCCACAGAGCCCGGGGCAGGGGCCCUGCUGUGGCUGGAGGGGAGCAGCCUCAGGUCGGGCACUGCUGGGGCAGUAAAUAUCCCUUUGGAAUGUC